AUUGGGUGGGACCCCCAUGAUCAGACAUCUUGUCCCCUAUCCUUUGAAUAGGGAAUAAGAUGUCUAGGGGUGGAAUAUCCCUUUAAGCUCGUUCACCUCUCCAUUUGGUCUCCUGAUAUGUGGCCACCUUGGUUUGCAGAAGCUGGGGAUGGGAUUGGAGCAGUGAUAAUGGAGCUUGUCAUCUUCCCGGCAGGUCGACCACCACAAUGGACCACCCCUUGAAGUACCUGUUAACCCUAUGUUACAUUGCACCUUCAUGGUUUCCUCCCUUCCCCCAUCUUAAGCCCUGCUCCGGGCUCCUUACAUUUGUUUGCCAUUAGACUGGGUGGGAGCCGGGAUUCCUCUGUUCUGCACACACUUCACUGUGUCGGAUUUCUUCUGGCCUGUAAUGGAAAACAUCCAAGUUUUUUUUUUUUUUUGCAGGCUGAGCCUGGAGCGGCAGAGCCGGAGAAGUAUAGGAGGAUGCAAACACUGAGACGUCUUAUUCUCAGCUCCUCACCAGUGAGGAAGUUUGUCUGGGCUGCCGACCAAAGAAGGACAUUAUUGGAUUUGGGGAUCGUCUUCUCCUCUGUUCCUACCGGGAGAGAUAACAACUGAGGAUGUUCUGGGAUAACCAGUGUGCUCCACUCCAGCCUCACGUUCCUCGAGACAUUAAUGGGGCUCCCAUUGUCUUCUAAAGUAUUCUGAAAGAACAUAUUGAGAAGGUUUCCAUCUUCAUGAAAACCGACCCUUGAAGUCAGGGGUGAUCGGUGAAGCCCAACCACAAGUUCCUGGAGACGUAGAUGGGGCUCCCGUUGUCUUCUAAGAUCUCCUGGAAGAGAAUGAGCCAAGGACAUUGAGAAGUUUUCCAACUUAACGAAGACCAAUCCUCGGAGCUGAGGGCGAUCGGUGCAGACGUUCUCCAGUUUACAGCUGUAUUGUCCUCAAGGGAACAAUGAGAGAUUUCUUUUGUCUUUCAGACGAGGAGCUCCUACAAGAAGAGGAUGACAUGCCCUCAUCUAGGCACAGGCAGAAUGGUAGGGCCAGAACCAACUGUGCCAAGUGUCAGAAGAACCUGUCCCUCCAGAACUCGGUGAAGGUCCUGUACGUCUUUGUGGUGAUUCUCAUCAUCGCUGUCAUUGUCUUAGCAUCGUUGGUUUUCCAGAAAGUCAAUUCCCUGUACGAUGACUUCAGCUCUGCAAAGUCCGGCUAUGAGAAGAAGAUUGUCUCCGUCCAGGUGGAUCUUCAGGAGCUCGACAUGAAAUCUAUUGGAAAUUGCUCGUACUGCCAUGACGCCACCUAUUUGGGACAAGAGAUCAGCAAGCUUCAGGGGGAGCUGGAGGAGAUCCAGAAGAUGCUCUUGGCCCAAGAUAUACAACUGGACAAAACGUCCCAAACUCACCAGCUCCUCAUAGCUGCCAACGGCAAAAUGGACAACCAGAUAGACCGGAGCAAUUUCUCCCUCCGGCAAAUCAAUCAGACAUUAGGACUUUUCUUGUCUCAGGUGAAGGGAUGGCAAGCCGCCGCGGCCGAGCUGGAAGCCUCGGUGAAAAAUUUGGUCCAGGAGAGGUACGAUAUCACAGCCGCCAUCCAGCAGAUCAAUUUUACUGUCGGGCAAACCUCGGACUGGAUACAAGUGAUCCAGAGGAAGACCGACGAGGAAACAUUGACCUUACAAAAAAUUGUUAACGACUGGCAAAAUUACAGCAAAGUUUUUGGUGGAUUUAAAACCACGUCUGUCAAAACCAUGGACCUGGUUAGGAACAUCCAAAGCAGCAUCACGGCUACGGCCCAACGUAUCACCAUGAACACAGAGGUCAUGCACGAUCUGGUCCUACAAGUCAUGGGCCUUCAGCUACAGUUGGACAAUAUCACUUCUUUCCUUGACGACCACGAGGAGAACAUGCAGGAUCUCCAGUAUCAUUCCAAAUACACGCAAAACAGGACCGUCGAACGCUUCGAGAGCCUAGAAGGCAGAAUGUUUUCUCACGAAACCGAAAUCGGGACUAUAUUCACCAAUAUCAACGCCACGGACAACCACGUGCACAGCAUGCUGAAGUAUCUGGACGACGUGCGGCUCUCGUGUACUCACGGGUUCAAUUCUCACGCAGAGGAAUUAUACUACCUUAACAAGUCCGUUAGCCUCAUGCAAGGGGCCACCGAUCUCCUGAGGGAGAGGUUCAGCCUCAUGAACGCCCGCCUCGAUUUUGACGUCAGGAACCUUUCCAUGAUCAUGGAAGAAAUGAAAGUGGUGGAUGUGAAACAUAGCGAAUUCCUCCAGAAAGUCACCAUUGUGCAAGGUGCCCCAGGACUUCCAGGACCAAGAGGGUUUAAAGGAGAUAUAGGUGGAAAGGGACCUAUUGGUUUGAAAGGAGAAAAAGGUGACACAGGUGAAAUAGGUCCUCCAGGACCUCAAGGACCAAGAGGACUUAUUGGUGAAACUGGACCUAUGGGAGAAAAGGGCUCUAUUGGGAUAAAAGGAAGCCCAGGAAUUAAAGGUGAGAAGGGCAGUAUGGGCCCACCAGGUCCGAAAGGUCAAAAAGGAGCUAAAGGUGAUGCCAGUCCCCCUGGACCUGUUGGCCCUCCUGGUGACAUAGGACCACAAGGCUUGCAAGGAUUGCCAGGAAUUACAGGACUACCUGGGUUAAGAGGGAAAGAUGGACCAAUAGGGUUGAGAGGAGAAGAUGGUUUGCCCGGUCCUCGUGGUUUGCCGGGACCUCCUGGACCGAAAGGAAAAUCUGCCAUAUCAAAAUGAAUGUAAUUCUAAAAGAAAAAAAAACUUGAUAAACACCGAAUGACCCAUGAAUGGUGUAGAGCGUUGACUGGAUGAUGUCGUUCACUAGACGUAGGACCCUGACAUCGGUCAUGGGGGCCCGGGAAAGAAGGCUGGACGGAACAUUAUCAAUACUUCUUCCGGAUAAUUCUACAAAACCAUAUAAAAUGUAGAGAUAUAUUGUUCAUUAUCAGCAGCAGCAGAAUAUCUAUCGAGGUCCUUGGAUCUACAAACCUGUCCAGAAGCCGCCCGUUAAGAAGAUCUCCGGUUUUACAUGUACCUGUAGACUUUAAAAAAAAAAUUGCAUCUUAGCAAGUAUUCCGCUUAUGUUCUGUCCGUUGCAACACUUUACUGAAGGACAUGUGACUUAAAGGAGUACUCUGUGACUUAAAGUGGUAUGCUGACGACAAACCGACGCCCCCUCCAUUUAUGUCUAUGGGAGGGGGUGUGUUUCCAACACUCCCCCUCCUAUAGACAUGAAUGGAGGGGGUGUAGCGUUUCAUCAGGAGGGGGUGUGGCCGUGACAUCAGGAACCCGGCAUUUGUUUAGAACGCCAGGUGUUGAAAGAGGUUGCAGGGGGAUAAGAUGUCUAGUAGUGGAGUACCUCUUUAAGGGGUACUCCAUGCUAGAAUAGAACAAGAACUAUACUUAUCUACCUUCACUUCCUACCAUAGCUCUGUUUCUUCUUCUUUCUGUCCUUUACCACUCAUCUCUUCCUCCUCCUUCCAAGACGAGUACUCAGGUCAAGACCUUCCCACUCAGACAAUAAUUGGAAGAGAUAGGACACUGCUGUGGCCAGUGAUUGGCCGGGCGGGAAGGUCCUGUUCCAAGCACUCGUCUCGGAAGCAGGCUUAAAAGAGAAUCGGUGGGGGCUGGAAGAAGAACAUUAGCUGAGGUGGGACCAGUAUUGUUUGUAUUUUUUCUAUUUUAUCAGGGUUCUGGCAUAUCAUGUAACUACUAAAGAGAAAAAAACAUAGUGAAGGCUCUUAGGGGGUGGAGCAACAUAAAAAAGGAGAUGUUCAAUUAUGCUCCACCCCUGAGGUUCUGCACUAGGCAUAUAACAUUUUAUUCAUUUUGCCCAGAUAGUUGCAUUUGAGUAGAAUUUUGCUUAUAUUUUUAUCUCCCUUUUGGGUUUUUUGCUACCUUACUUUGCAUUUCUGAGCACUUUUAGAAUGUCUUGACAAAUAUGUCUGCACUUGCUGGCUAAGUGCUUUAGAACCGACUUCUUCUUAGUCCACUGAAGAAGGUCCACUACUGUAGAAAUGAUUAAUGGAGGACCUGGACAACAGUUCUGGGUCCUCAUAUACAUAUGAUUGUACUCUGCUCCAGCAUCUGACCAUUUAGAGUAAACCCUAAAGGGUAAAAUAUUUUUUUUUUUUAUAUUUCUUAAAGGGAUAC